AUGGUGGCUGUGGUGUCUUUGGGGUUGCUAGUCCUCCUUGUGGUGGCCGGCGUGAUCUUGGUCUCCAACCAUCGGCCAGGCUUGCACAAGUCAAGCGAACGGGUCGUAGAGUUUUCCGAGCUCUCUGGAACCGAUGUGUGGUCCGACGUGCUGUCCCCGAGUGCCAUGAGGCAGUAUGAGCAGGGCAAGAAGAUGGCUGCAGAGGCUUACAAGGGAGCGGAUUCCAUGGUCUCUGUGGCCAACGAGGCAGCGAGCAAGGUCCAUGAUUCUGUGAAGGAGGGCGGUGAGAAGGCGUUCACCACUUUCCAGGCCGGUGCGCAGCAGGCCGCUUCCUCAGUAAAGGACGCGCAGACGAAGGCGUUCAACACUUUCCAGGCCGGUGCGCAGCAGGCCGCUUCGUCAGUAAAGGACGCGCAGACGAAGGCGUUCAACACUUUCCAGGCCGGUGCGCAGCAGGCCGCUUCGUCAGUAGAGGAUGCGCAGAACCAGGUGAAAGAGGCCGCAAAGGCUGAAAAGAUGAUGGAGAAACUCGGCCUUGUUGGGGACAAUGCUGCGGUCGCAGCGAAGGAUGUCGACAGCAAUGGCCUCAGCCUUGGCGAGAUCCAGCAGGCAGUGGCUGCUGCCCCGGCCAGCAUCCCUGCCCUUGCAGCUGCGGCCACCGGUGGCACCGUCCCACCACCCCUUACCCAGAAGCCCACGGACGCUCCUUCGGAGUCCGCUCUCGCACCGCAGGUCUCUGAACAUGACAAAGACCCCUGCUCCAACGAUGAGGAGUAUGUUGGUGGACUUUGCUACGCCAAGUGUGCCACAUUGACAGGAGGCUCCCAUCCCUGCCGAAGCUCUGCUUGGAGCUGCUGCGCAGUUGAAGCCGGCCCAGAUUGCUGGGAAAAGGCUGCCAUGGAGAGCUGUUGGGUGCACCCAGGAUUUUGCUUCGGCUACGCCGUCUCGGGCCGAGCGGAAGCAAAGCAGCAGGGUUCCAACUGCCCCACAUCCCUGGGCGCUUGCCUCACCGACGAAGAGUUGUUCAUGAACGUCUGCUACAAGAAGUGCUCCGCGGUCACCAGCGGAAGCCAUAUUUAUCGUGUUGGUGCUGCCACAUGCUGCAACAAACAGUCCCACUUCGAAUGUCUGUGGCCCGGGAACCUCAAGACCGACCCCACCUAUAACAUGGGCGGCGGAGCCGGCGACCACAACUCGGGGACUCCCAUCGCGUCGCAUGCGCCGCUGAAGUCCCUUGCAACGAGUGAGUAG